GUGGCAUCGCAGACAACCACGAUGACGAUGCGGCAAACUCGACGGACGCUUCUGCUGCUGCUCGUGGCUUGCAUCUGCUGCCUCUUCGCUCACCCGGCACUGGCCAGCGCCAAUGACGAGGGUGAUGCUGCUAAUGAUGCCGACGACGACGAUGACUGGUUUGGCGGCGCCGACGAGAUCGAGGUCGACGAUGGCAUGACAUGCUUGGCACUCCUCGAUGCGUCGCUGCUCAACGAUGGCUACUGCGACUGCCCGGACGCCGACGACGAGUCGCUCACUGGGGCAUGUGGCUCGGGCAAAUUUACCUGCGCCACGUCGGCGAACGUGAUUUCGUCUGCAUUUGUCAACGACGGUGUCUGCGACUGCUGCGACGGGUCGGACGAGCCAUCCAUGCACUGCGCCAACACGUGCGACGUGGACGCAAAUGCGGUGCGCAAGCGCCUCGAGGCCGUUCUCGCCGACGUUGCGGCGGGCGUGCGCGCCAAGGCCGCUCUCGUCGCCGGUGCCGGCGCCGCCCGCGCCCAGUUUGCAACCGACGUGGCGCACUGGGAGACGAUGGCCAACGAGGUAGCGGCCGAGAUGGAUGCGAUUCAGACGCACUUCAAGUCGUCCAACGCCAAGCCGACCCACGAGGACCAGCAGCAGUUCCGAUACCUACAGUACGUGCAACAAAAAGCCCAGUACUACCAGUACGUGCACGGGAACCUCCUGGCGACCGACUUUGGCGACCACGACGCGUACGCAUCACUCGUCGGGCAGUGCUUUGAGUAUACUGUGAACGAAAAAGAGCUCAAGGGCGGGACGUCCAACACGGUCGCCAGGACGUACGUCAUGGUUGUCUGCCCGUUCCUCAAUGUCACGCAGACCGAGCCUGCGUAUCACGAGUGGCGGCUCGCACAGAAGCAAGCGCAGGCGGGCGAGACGCCGAUCACGCCGCCCACAGAGCGCGAAGAGCAACGCCCGAUCUUGCUCGGUGUGUGGGCCAACUGGACGACCGACGUACGACCAACGCAUGUGGGCUUGCCGCAUGCGCUGUAUGACGAGGCACCGGCGCCGCUGGAGGCCGACCCGUCGCCCAUCCGCGUCCAGAUGUACGACCACGGCGAGCGCUGCGGCGAAGCGCCCCGGCGCGUGCACAUGCAGAUGGAGUGUGCAUCGACCAACUACGUCAAGUUUGUCGAAGAAGGGUCCGUGUGCGUCUACAGCAUCGGCUUUGCGACGCCUGCCGCGUGCUCGACAGAGUACGUGCGCCAUCUGCAGUCAAUGCUGCGGGCGUCGGCCCACCACGAUGAGCUCUAAGUCGAUGAAAGCCCCAGCCAACACGGAUAAUUUUGACUCUGGAGAAACCAUAUGUGUUGCUACGCUAA